UCGCCGUCUCGGCCGCUGCCCAGGCCCCCGCCCCCCAACUCAGCCUGGAGCCACGGCGACGCCGCCACGCGCCGCCCGCCCGACCCCGAGUCCCGGCAUCCAGGCUCCAGCCGCGCCAUCAGGCCGCCACCCACCGCGGAGCCGUCCUCCACUCCUCCAGGGCUCCAGCCUCCAGCAGUGCCCGAGCGCCGGGCCGCCGCCGCCCGACGUGUCGCCGUCGCGGCCGCACUGGCCGCCUGUUCCCCGACCGGCACCCCCCGCGUUGUCAUCCAACUCCAGCGGUCCAGCGCCCUGCUCUUCUCUGCAUGAUUGCUUUUGGAUAGGCAUAAACAUAGGGAAUUUACAUCGGAGGGGACGUCUGAUGCCGCAUCGCCGUUCUUUCAACAUCUGACAGCAGGAAACAAACGCCCACAGAAGCAGCGAGUACCCAGUCAGUUGUCUGCCGUGAUGCGCCCUGGCUGGCACUACAGCAAACGCGUAGCUGAUGGCGGGACAACAAAAUAGCAUCAAUCGCUGCUGGUUUUCUCGCCAAAAAAAUAACAAUAUCCCUGAUCCUUUAGCUUUCCCUUGCACUUCCAAAGGUAAAGAAGAAGCAAUUGGUUGAAGAUCAAGUUCUCGGCUGCUGCCAAAUUUACUUCUGUAUUACUGAGAUGGAAGAGGAGGUUAAAGCGGUGCCCCAUGAUUCCAAUAUUGAGACCUUGCCUAGUUUGGCACCGUAUGUUGGCAUGGAGUUUAGAAAUUCAGAUGAGGCUUGGGCAUUUUGGCUUAGUUAUGGUGGGCAGAAAGGCUUUGAGGUGAGAAAAAGGUAUACAAACAAAAGGCCAUCUGAUGGCACGGUCACAUCAUGUAGAUUUGUUUGUGCAAAGGAGGGUCAUCGAUUGCAAGACAAAAGGGAUCAUUUAAUCAAGCGACAUCGAAUUGAAACUAGAACUGAUUGUGAAGUCCACAUGAGUCUUAAAAUGGACCGGAACAAGGGCAAUUAUAAAGUGACUGAGCUGGUUUUGGAGCAUAAUCACAUACUACACCUGCCAGAAAUCUUACGCUUGAUGAUGUCACAAAAGAAAACUUCAGAUUUACAGGUGGCAGGUGAUGCUAGAAUUGAGCCGAAAGCGGUAGAUGAUGCUGAAAUUGGGCCGAAAGUGGCACAUGAGUUGGCUAGUUGCCAAGUUGGUGGAUCACUCAGUCUUAGCUCCCUUCAAGAUCACACGAACUAUUUGCCGACCAAGCGCCAACGGGAGAUGGCAUAUGGCCAAGCAGGUAGCAUGCUUAAGUAUUUUCAAGACAAAAUUACUGAGAACCCAUCAUUCCAAUAUGUAUUGCAAAUGGACUGUGAAGAACAAAUAGCAAAUAUAUUCUGGGUUGAUGCUAAAAUGAUAAUGGACUAUGCACAUUUUGGUGAUGUUGUUAGUUUUGACACUACUUUUGGAACAGACAAGGAGAACAAGCCUUUUGGUGUCUUUGUCGGAUUCAAUCAUUUUAGAGAAACUGUAGUUUUUGGUGCUGCUCUUAUGUAUGAUGAAACAUUUGAGUCCUUCAAGUGGCUGUUUGAGACCUUUCUAAAAGUUCAUAACGGGAAACAACCUAAAACAAUCUAUACGGAUCAAGAUUCUGCAAUGGGAAAGGCAGUUGCAGAAGUGUUUGUGGAAGCAUGGCAUGGAUUAUGCACCUUUCACAUUAUGCAGAAUGCUGCCAAACAUCUACAUGCAGAGAAGAAUGAAGAUACAAGUAUUCUAUCAGAUUUUAGCGCAUGCAUGUUCGAGUAUGUGGACAUGGCAGAAUUUGAACAUAAAUUUGACAUCAUGAGGAAAAAGGUGAGCAAGCAAACUUGGUUGGAUGGUAUAUACAAGUUGAAAGAAAAAUGGGCUGAAUGUUAUAUGAAGGAUGUAUUCACAUUAGGAAUGAGAAGAACACAGUUGAAUGAGAGUGAGAGUCUGAACAAUGACUUGAAAAUCCAUUUCAAAUCUGAUUUUGACAUCAUCAAGUUUUUCAAGCAUUUCGAAAGGGUGGUGCAAGGAAAAAGGGAUAAUGAAUUGAAUUCAGAAUUUGAUUCAAGGAAAAAUUUGCCUAAAAUAUGUAUGAAGAGACCACCACCUAUUUUGGUGCAGGCUAGCAAGCUGUAUACACCUAUUAUAUUUGAAGCUUUUCAAGGUGAAUAUGAAAAAUCCUUGGCAGCUUGCACCAAGGCAUUGGAGGGUGAUAAUGAAUAUCUAGUAGGAGAUUUUACCUUUAAGGAGGAGUACAAAGUUAUUGGUGAUCCUUUGAAGCAAACAGUUUCAUGCAGCUGCAGGCACUUUGAUAGAACUGGGAUAUUAUGUGCCCAUGCUCUUAAAGUUCUUGAUUUGAUGAAUAUCAAAUUACUACCACCACAAUAUGUGUUAAAGCGAUGGACAUGGGAAGCAUGGAUGGAAACUAUACAAGACAACCAAGGAAGAAAUAUAACCGAGAAUCCAAUGGAUGCUAUGCUUCGCUACAAAUUUAUGUCUCACAAAUUUCUCAAUUUGGCACAUCGAGCAGCCACCUUUCCAGAAUGCUUCGUCUUAGUAGAUAGUGCACUUGACAUCCUUGGUAAGCAAAUUGAAGACAAAAUCAAUGAAUGCACAGUUCGCUCCGAUGACCUUUUUGCUGGAGAGCUUGUGUUCUGGUGAAGCAAGCGAAAGCUCAUUUUGCAAGUGAGCAAUAUGCAACUCUGUUGUUCAGUGCUGGGAGCAUGGUCAUCUGGUGGCACUGGAUUAUGCCACACCUCAUUCUCUUUUGCCACCAGAAUUAUAUUACCAAUUUGACAACAUUCAGUGUUCUACCCUCAAAUUGACAGCACUUAGUGAUGUAUAUAAGUUUAGCUUUCUUUUGCUGUUCUGCAUGCAAAUAUUCUGGGAGCAUGGCUACACAUUUUGCAGGUCCCUUUUCAGCUUUAUUUUUGAUAGCUAUGCAGUAUCUCAGAAUAAUGCUCAAUGUAGCAGCAGCACAUUCUAAUAUUCAGUGUUCACUGUCCUGCAGAAUUUUUUAUUCUUCGUUUGAGCAUUCAGAAUCCAUCCAAUAAAUAUUUGCAUUCAGAGUCUA